AUGCAGCUGGGAAGUAUCGCUACUGCAAGUAUGCGCGACUCCCGGGCGACAACCGAGGAGGCCAGCGACGAAGAUGCUUCAAACGAGCAGCGUCCACUGCUCCCUCAGCCACGAAUCACAUCAAUGCGAAAAUCGCUCACAACACUGCUCAACACAUCAACAGCAUCCACUUUUACGAAAUCGACUUCGUGCGCAGAAUGCCGUCGUGCAGAAGCUUUUGAUCCAUCGGACACUGACGACACGAUGACCUCGUCGACGACUAGCUGCCCGCGUCAUCUAACGCUCUUCUCCUCCACAUUCGGUAAAUCGGUCAAGGAGACCUUUCUAUGA